UGGGUCAACUGACGGUAUGUGAUGCUUUUAACUGGUUUAGAAGGAUUUUGUCGUUUUUUCUCUAGUCACUUUUUUUGGACUCCACAUGGCGGGUAUCUGAAUGCCAAAAAUAAGGGGGGGGGGCAAUUAAGAGAUCCGCAGGUUCUAUUGAAUCGCGUUUUUGUACGCGCAUUCGGAUUUUUAUGAACUAUGGAUAUAGACCUCCUCAAGCUUAGCAAGCAAACUAAUAAAGAAGCACUCACUGUUUAUUUGAAUGAACAAACUUUUGAUGAUAUCCAGGAUUUGGUUAGAUCUAAACUGAAUAAUUACCAUUCUUCUGAUGAAGUCGGCCCCAUUUUACUCUUACGUGCAAUUAUACAAGGUUCACCUGUCGAAGGUGGUGGGAACGGUCAGUGUCUGCAUAGACGAUUUUUAAUAUUACAAAAUGUCAUUGAAUGGCUAGGCAAUGAAGAGAACGACACUUCACAAAAAACAAAGCAAGCAUCUUCUAUUGUCAAUCUUCUCUUACCAGAAAUAGAGUUGCUUUCGCCAAGCUACCUAGGAAAAGCUGCUAACAUGAUCGUCGACAUCGUUAAAGCAAACAGACCUAUUCAAUUGAGGCUGUUGGAUAUAUUUACAAAGAUCUGGAAUGUACUCUCUACUAUCGAUGAAGUUAGCACUUUAAAUAAUAUAUUCGACGAUCUUCUAGAAGCUAAAUGGUAUCGGCAGUUAGCCGUAGGAAUGGCGUCGGCACUAAACGAUAUGGAGCUCUCCGAUAACCAGUUACAAUUAGUUGUAAAAUAUAUGAUAAGAAAAUUGUCAGAGGUGGAUUUGGAAGAAGUUCCUCCGUUUAUAUGGCAGCUGCUGCUUAUAUCCCGAAAGGGCUAUAAAUCGUUAGUCUUGAAUGGCAUUUUAGACUUUUUUAAUGUAGUUACGAAAGAUAAAGAUACAAGCCGUGUUGAGGGCACAGUGAUGUUGCAUAUCUCCUUUGCCCUGAAGCAGGAUCAGGAACUUGGAAACGAACUUAUUAAACUAAUGAAAAAUGAUAAAUCUAAACAGCUACAAGUCUUUAAUGUUGCUUGUUUGUUGACAGCCGCUAGAAUACACCGUCUGCAAGAUGCCGUUUUUGACCUCCUCAAAUCGUCUAUUAUUUCAGCAUACAAAGAUAAUGACAAGCUUCACAAGAACCACUGGAUCGCAAAAUACACCAAAAUGGAAGAAGACGCUUUUUGCAAAGUGUUAUUAGACGUAACUGAUAAAUCAGCAUCGGCUGGUUGGGAUCAAAUCAUACAGAGCUUGACACAGCUGGCCAUCCUACUAAUAGAUACAGCAACUAGUUUUGGUAGUUUCCUUGCUAGUAAAAAUACCGUCAUAAAAUCAAGAAGCAGCCACACGAAAGAAGAUGGCCCCAUGGAAAGACUCUCCAAAUUUGGUGUCGAGGUUCUUCUACGACUUUUCAAAUACCAUGAUAUUGUCAGGGGCGAAAUAUUUGAGCAAAUUACUUCACGGAUAAUGUCCAAAUCGAGCAGUACAAUGGAGUUCUUAUCUUUGUUAGGGACCAUAAUGAGAGAAUAUCCUGACACAGUUGAGAGUCAUCUCAAUAACAUUAAGGAUAUUCUGGAUGUUCUGUCAUUUUUGCCACUAAAUAUAGCAGAUAAGUUGCUGCAGGUCGUUCAACCUCUUUCUAAAACGAGUGAUCAAUUCAGGAAUAGCUUGAUUCUAGUAUUACGAAAAAGUUUGUUCUCAAAAGAUCUGGAUGGACGGUUAUUGGCUGUUCGAGGUUUUCUCAGUAUAUUGGACGAACAAAUGUUGGAGGCAUCCCAAAACACAGAAUCUGAUCGAAAUUCCAGUUCUCAAGCAGUUGUUUUGGAAAUCCUAGGUCUGCUAAGGCGUUGUUUAAGUCAACAAGCUGAAGUAAGAUCGACUGUCUAUAGCAGUCUCGGAUCCCUGAGUCAAGAAUAUCCCAUUUUUGCUGGUGACAUAUUUGAAUUAUUUUCGCAAAAGUACUGGAGAAGGAUAUGAAUAUACCCAACGUUAUCAAGAUCGACGCUUGCAUUGAGAAUGCAAGUAAUGGUGCUUACCCAAGAAAAGUUGAAGAUGUCCCCAAUUUGAUUAUCAAUCUUGUAAAAUCAUUAAGGUCAACUUCAGUCCAAGACACAAUACCUGCGGUAACAGCAGA